GCCUCCGCGCGCUUCCGGGCCAACAGCUCGCUGCCCUCCUGGCUGCACCUCGACUCCAACUCUGGCCGCCUCUACCUGGUAGCCGCUCCCCAGUUCGCAACACGAGGCAAUACCGAAGUCGUUGUGACGGUGGCCGCCAUGGAAGACGGCGUAGGCGACGCGGAGGUGGACGCGCCGCCGCCGCCGUGGGCUGUGGCGACCGUGCGUCUUGUGGCCGCCGGCAGUGGCGCCUGCAACCUAAAGCCCCAGGAGGCGUGCCUGUGGCGGCAGGCGACGCUGCGGGUGCUGGAGAACUUGCCAGCCGGUACGCCACUCGGGGCGCUGGGGCCGCCGCCUCUGUGUGCGCGUCUGGGGACGGGGCGCUGCCACCGAGUGUACGCCGGCCUCAACGCCUCACUGGACGGAGUGUCGGUGACCUCGUGGCCGCCGGCACUGGGCGGCGCGCUGGAGGCGCUCACGUCGCGGCCGUUGGACCGAGAGGACCCGCAGCUGGAGCAGCCACAGUGGCGGCGGAUGGCCGCGGCCGGCGCCGCGCUCUCCCUGGAGGUGCUGGACGCCGACGACAGCGCGCCCGCCACCAUCAACGACGGACAUCUCUAUAGCAGCCGCCCUGGCGGACUCCUACACAAGGGCGAGCUGCUGGGCUCAGUGGUGCUGCAGGACGCCGACUCUCCGGCGGUCAACCGCUACAGCUGGCGCUUCCUCAACGACUCGCGGGGCCUGCUGGCCGCCAACUGCUCCUCCAGCGCCAUCAACGGCACGUUCGUCACGACCAUCGUCAGCUGCAGUGUGUUCGCAGCGCGGGACGAGCAGCUGGCGGUCGGCGACUACCGGACGGUGCUGCGGCUGCAGGACGCCGCAAACCCAGAAGUUUACGCGGAUUCGGAGGUGCGCGUGCGCGCAGAGGGCCCGCAGGCGGCGGCGCAGCGGGUGCCGGCGCCCGCCGUGUCGUACCCCGCGGAGGCGGCCGUGCUGGCCGGCGCCAACGCGCACGCGCGCCUCGCGCAGCCCGCCAACCUGCGGCUGCUGGCCGCCGCGCCGCGCCUCGCCUUCCGCCUGGCCGCCGUCUCGCCGCAGCCGCCGGACGGCGACUCGUCGCCCUUCGGCGUCACCAGGGUCGCCGGGAUCAUCUUCCUCAAGAACCCGGACAAGCUCGAUCCCAACACGACUGCCUACAACGUGACCGUGACGUGGGGGUCUGAGGGGCGAGCGACGGUGAGGGUUUACGUGUUGGAGGGCGCCUCCGAAGCGUGCCAGAACGGCUCGAGGCAGGGCAGGCCGUGCGCCACCAGGAAGUCGCUCGCCGAGUGCAACGCCUUCUGCGGCCUGGGCACCGGCGCCCGCAACUACACCGUCAACCACCUGCACGAGGGCAGGAACUCGACGGCGCGUCCGGAGCUGGCGCCGUUGGGCGGCUGUGCGUGGCGGGGCGCAGAGGCCAACUUCUCGACGGACCUGAUCGCACACUACGCUACCUGCACGCCGGACGUCCACCACUGCCCGGACGGCUUCUGCGACCCACUGGAGCAGAUCUCUGCCCUCUGUCCCCAGGAUUGUGUCAACAUGACGUUCGGCACGGGCAAACUCGGCGUGGGGAGACGUGGCCUGUACAGCUGCGUGGGCGUCGGCAUCUGCAACCGCGCCGCCUGCUGGUGCCACACCAGGGCCGGCCGCGAAGAGCCGGGGGCGGCGGACGCGGCGCGCAGCGCUGGCCACCGCCAGGGCCAGGGCGCGCCCACCACCACGGCGGCGCCGUCUUCAGAGUCCCCGGUGGCGCUGGUGUCUGCGUCCGGCGGCCGCGCCAGCUGCGGCGCCGUCUGCGUGAUGGCCGUCGUGGCGGGCAGCGCCCUGCUGCUGUCCGCCGCCGUCGCCACCCUCUACUGGAGGUACAGGCUGUGCAGGCGCGCCCAAUGCGAGCGGAAGCUGGCGGCGGCGGGCGCGGCGGCGGCCUCCGCCUCGGACUACGUGCAGCGCGCGCACUGCCUGCUGCCGCACGACGCCAGGCCGCCGGUGGACCCGCAGUGGGAGUUCCCGCGCUCUCGCCUGCUGCUGGAGAAGACGCUGGGGGAGGGAGAGUUCGGCCGCGUGCUGCGCGCCAGGGCCAUCGACAUCGCCGGCGUCACGGGUGCGACGACGGUGGCGGUGAAGACGCUGAAGGAGGGCGCGGGCGCCAGCGAGCAGCAGGCGCUGCUGUCGGAGUACGAGCUGCUGAAGGCGGUGUCGCACCCGCACGUGGUGCGCCUGCUGGGCGCCUGCACCUCGCCCGCCGGCCCGCUCUACCUCAUCAUCGAGUUCGCCGAGCACGGCUCCCUCAGGAACUACUUACGGAAGAUUCGGCAUCUGGAACUGAGUUCCGCCCCUGUGAGCCGAAUCACCCCUCGGGACAUCCUCAACUUUGCCUGGCAGAUCGCUAAAGGCAUGGCUUACCUCAGCGACAUGAAGCUGGUUCAUCGUGAUUUGGCUGCACGCAACGUCCUGGUGGCCUCGGGUGGCGUCUGCAAGAUAUCCGAUUUUGGGCUGACCAGAGACGUCUACGAAGACGAUGCCUACCUGAAGAAGAGUAAAGGGAGAGUGCCGGUGAAGUGGAUGGCGCCCGAGUCGCUGUCAGACCACGUGUACACGAGCAAGUCGGACGUGUGGGGGUUCGGCGUGCUGCUGUGGGAGCUGGUGACGCUGGGCGCCUCGCCCUACCCCGGCGUCGCGCUGCACAAGCUCUUCAGCCUGCUCAGGGCCGGCUACCGCAUGGAGCGGCCCGACACCUGCUCGCCCGCACUGUACAAAGUGAUGAGGCGCUGCUGGCUGGAAGAGCCGUCCGAUCGGCCUUCUUUUAAGGAACUGACGUACACGUUCGAGAAGAUGCUAGAGGACUCAGUGGAAUACCUGAACCUGGACGCCCUUGUAGUUCAAAACUACGCUUACUUCAAUUCAACGACUCUCUCACAAGAUAAACUAAGUACUGAUGGCCUAGAGCACGGAACAAUGAUGACAGUACCACUGGAUGUGAUCAAAGACAUUAUGCCACACAGUGAUUCCUGGCAACAAACUGAAUUCCAUGAAGGCCUGUUACCCAGUUCGACCGAAAAGCAAGAAGAGUCUUCACUUUUUAGUACUGUGGGGAACAGUUAUUUGAGCCCUGUACGAAUAGUCAAGAGUAAAGCACGUUUGUCACCUUACAUGAACAUGGUUGGAAGAAGUGAAGCUGAAAAAUCAAAGUUAGAUAGUGGGAACAGUGUCGUGUCCUACACGGCUGUGAGUGAGGUUUCCAGCCCUUCCUCCUCUAAUAUGACGACGUUGUAGAGGGAAGGAACACGAAAUAGGAGCUCUACAAACGAUUCGGGUGAGAUCAAAGUGUAAUACAAUCGUUUUUAUGCCUCAUAAGGUUUCUUUACAACCUUAUUCUUUUAAAGGCUGCGUCUAUUCCAUUUUAUUGCGUGUUAGUUGCUAUUCCUGAAUGUCUGCGUACCUGUGUGUGACCUGUUGGACAACAACCCUUACACAUGCGAAGAACAUUUUUUAAAAUAAAG